CUACUACUACUACUACUACUACUACUACUACUACUACUACUACUACUACUACUACUACUACUGUUACUACUACUAUAUUAGUGUGACUCCAAAGUUGAACAUGAGCACACCAGAGCAUCGCCGUGCACGUUCCCUUGACUUGGGAGAUUCUGUGGGAUGGAUGGAAACUUGUCAACAAAGCAGACAACAGUUGUUUGAGAACACAGCCAAGUUUAAUCAUACCCAGCCACUGCCUCCUCUCCAAAAACCACAAAGAGUACAAUCUUUAUUUGUCUCUCAUAAUGCUAACAAGGAUGCUGAUAGUAUACUAAUUUCUACUACAAAAUGUAUCCCUCCAGCUGAUGAAAUUGAUGCUGCUGAUACAUCAUCAUCUACCACAAAAAGAACUUCAUCUGCUUUUGCAAGUGAUAAAUUUCAUGUUGCAAAUGCAUCACCUCUCACCAAUCAGAAUUCUCGUCCUACUACACCAAUCAGUAAGCUCAUUCAACGAUUCACAUCUGAAAUGCUGAAUUAUGAAAUACCCAGUCCAAAACUUCAGUCCCAGUCAUUUGUAAAGGAAUCAUUAAAAUUUAAACCAACUGAUGAUACUUCAUGGACAUCCACAGCAGCCUCAUCUACAGUUUUCCCAUCAGUGUUCCAAUCAAAUGCAAUCAUGCAUGAUGCUGCAAAACUAGCAGCCACUACUGUACCAUUUAAAACCCCAAAUGUAGUGCAACCAACGAGUUCUGUGCAACAAUCAAAGACAGAAUGUAAUGACAUUACAUUACGCCGUCCAUCUUUCUUCUGGGGGCGUACAAAUUCUGCUGAGCCCAUGUUACAAUGUUCACUAAUUACACAAACAGGCAUAUCUAAUAGGACUGUUUCAUUACACAUGCCACAAACAUUCAGGCCACCUGAAUGGGCGAAGUUACCAGCGACUGGUGUCGAUCAAACAGAUGCAGGAUCAUCAUGGAUUCAAAUCUCAUCAAGUACAAAUGUGAAAACAGCUGGGUGCUCCUCACAGCCCACUUCUGUUGCUCAGCAGCAUCUGACAAGAGCGUCCUCAUUCCAUUCUUAUCCUGUGACAGAGAGAAGCCUGUCCUGUGUAUAUCCCACUUCAUCUGAAAGCACUGGGCAGCCCAUUCAACCAAAUAAAGCACCAGACAUAACAUCACCAUACAAAACAACUAAUUCAAGAAUUUUUGUUUCCAAAUGGGAUAGUCCAAACAAACCUGAGGACAGUAAUUCAAAUUUCCACAGAUGCAGUCAGGUCGUUCGACGUUGCAGCACUAGUUCAUUGACAUCUUUCCCACGUCAAUCAAAAAUGCGAUCUAUACCUGUUAAAUCACUUGUGAAAAAGUUCUCAGCGACUAGUGUCGAUCAAACAGAUGCAGGAUCUACGUGGAUUCAAAUCUCAUCAAGUUCAAAUGUGAAAACAGCCGGAUGCUCCUCACAGCCCACUUCUGUUGCUCAGCAGCAUCUGAAAAGAGCGUCCUCAUUCCAUUCUUAUCCUGUGACAGAGAGAAGCCUGUCCUGUGUAUAUCCCACUUCAUCUGAAAGCACUGGGCAGCCCAUUCAACCAAAUAAAGCACCAGACAUAACAUCACCAUACAAAACAACUAAUUCAAGAAUUUUUGUUUCCAAAUGGGAUAGUCCAAACAAACCUGAGGACAGUAAUUCAAAUUUCCACAGAUGCAGUCAGGUCGUUCGACGUUGCAGCACUAGUUCAUUGACAUCUUUCCCACGUCGAUCAAAAAUGCCAUCUAUACCUGUUAAAUCACUUGUGAAGAAGUUCUCAGCAAAUAACUGACAUUGGUUUUGUACUUAUUUUUGUAGUGCUGAACAUUAGUAAACACAGUUUAUAUAGUGCCAAUAUAGCAUCUCUCAAACUGUGUUUUAGGCUGCCCUUGGAAUGAAACUUCUGGUGAGCUUGUGUUUAUAAAAUUUCAUAUGUACUUGUAUUGGUAAGGUAUUGGAUUGAUAUAGAAGUUGAAAUGAUCUUGUGCAUUUAGCAGGUCUAGGAAACACGAUCCUCUUUAAUGUAGGAAAACCAUGAAAAGUAUCAGCUGAACUCAGGAAUCUGUAGAAUAAGUCAGUGGAUGUGAGUAUGCUUUGCUCUGCAAGUAAAUGUUUAGGAGAAAGCAAGAUUUGUUGCACACUCAAGGCUGUUAUAGGUAGUUGUGGGCAUAUAUUGCAUUCAGCUUAUCCACAAGAAAACAAUUACCAUGACCAUAAUAUAGGAGUCACAGCUUUUAUUUGUGCUGAUAUUUUAGUGCCUGGUGACAUGUAUAGAUAUGUCUGGUGUGGCUCCCAAGAAGUAGUCUUAGCAAAACUAUAAUAUUCAUCAUUCUUAGAACAAAAUCUUACAGCUGACAGUAUGGGUAUGUAAAGGGAAAGAGUCUGUUUCUUCAAAACGAAACACAUUGGCAGUGAUUGAUAUACUUGAUAUACUUAGGCUGACUGUAAUAACAAAAGCAUUAGUCAUGAUUGCAGUACAUCCAAGUUUGUCUAAUGAAACAAAUAAGGUCAGUGAAAAUAAUGCUGUAUGGUGGUACUGCGUAUCAUCUGCUGUGAUUCAACUGGCAGUAAGGAAGAGUAAUAUUAAUUUCAGUCUGCCCAGUGUUUUAUCUUUCACAUAUGUUAUGUUUACAGAUGCUAGGGACUUGUAUGAUCCUAUGUCACGUGAAACAACUUGCUGCAUUACAGCAAACAAUAUAUAAAAGUCUCUACAUGCAUACAUUACUGGCUUCUGCAUCAUAUUAGUAUUAAUGUUAAUGAUAUUUCGUCAUAUCAAUUAGAAAUUACUUACAAUUUUGAAUAAUUUAUGUAGAAUUAUGAAAAACUUCUCCUAACAUUGGACACUCCUAAAGGUUGCCAGUUGAGGCUGAAAUAUGUUGGGCUACAUAAUUUAUUAAAUAAGGGAUACUACCUGAUACCUUGCUGGCAUUCAUUCCAAUUCAAAUGAGAAAAAUCCGAAAAUAUUUUCCAUAGUUAAAUUCCUUUUGGGAAAAUGUCGCGAGUCCUCUAAUGAUAAUGGACAAGAGAUAAUGGACAAGAAUCUCUGUAAUAUCAGUAGCACACAUGAACAAAAUAGAUAUAGCGGUGAUUGUGUAGGAUUAUCUUCUGGAAUAAAAUGCUCUCUAAUCCUUUGAACAAAGUAGAUACGAGUACAGUAGUGAGUGUAUAGGAUUAUCUUCUGGAAUAAAAUGUUCUCUAUUUUUUUUUUUU